ACAAUUAGGGAAUGUUGGAGUAAUUCUGUCAUUUAGUUCUUUCUACUUAAAUUUAAUUCUCAAAACCCAUAGAUUUUAACCGAUUUUUAUUCUAAAUCAAGUUCUACUUAAACACGAAAGUUAAUGUCAAUUAUAAUCCCUAGAUCUAUAAGAUCUUUGAUAAAUUCUCAGACUCAACAGACUCACAAGUCCAAAAUGUUGCAUAUUUUAGAAUUUCGACUAUUGUGAAUGAAAAUGUUCUUCUUUCUAAAAAUCCAUCAUUGUGAAUAAAAUUUCGGAAUAGUUUCUUUUGAAAAACAGUUGUUGAACAAUUGAAAAAUAUUUUAAAUAGUUGAAGCUAUAAAAUCUAUUUCCCAACUAAUCAAAUAUUCUAACCAAUCAUCCACUACCCCCUCAACAGACCCUUUAACUCACCCGCUGCUGUACAAAUGGCUAAAGAGCAUGUAGAACGUGACUAUGCUGUCGUAGGUACUUGGGAAGAGACCAAUAUAACUCUAACAGUAUUCGAAAAAUAUAUACCGAAAUUCUUUAAUGGUGCCAAACUAUUAUUUGAAUUGAACAUGGAUAAGGUUACCAAUCGUAAUAAGAAUAAACGUAAACCCAAAAUUGAUGCUGAUGUCAAGGAAAUGAUACGUAAAAAUUUCACUCAUGAAUAUGAAUUUUACUAUUUCUGUAAACAGCGUUUAUAUAAACAAUACUUGGCCGUUAGUUUGAAAGACUUACAGGCCCAUAAUUUAUUGGAUUAAGUAGGGAUUUCUAUAUGUAAAUUUUAAAUAAAAUCGUACAAAAUUAUAGCAACAAAUAUUUGUUUAAAAGUGUUUUAUUUAAAGGGAAAGCUUAAAAGCUUUAAAAUGGUCAAACUAAAAAAAAUCUUAUUUUAAAACUAGGGAACCUCCUUAAACUGAUUUUCAAUCAAUAAAGCUUCUAUUAAAGUGUGUUGUGAGUGUAAUUUUCAAAAUAUUUGCAUCAACUAAAACUUCUAACCAGACGGGACUAUUGAGUAGCCUAUGGGCGGAACUAUAAGCUUUA